AUGUCGCUGGCAUCGAUGAGCAGCUUUGCGGGGGAGGAGGACCUGCACGGCCUGGCCUCCAUGUUUCCCCGCCUGGAGGCACAACUCCGCGAAGCCGAGAAGGGCUUCACCUCGACCAUGCUCAGGUUCUGUCCAGACCGUGCGGUGAUGGAGUUGGAAGUGCUCGCCCGGGCGAAGGCCACCAACGAGGUGCGCAAGAUCCACGGCUUCCACGUCAUCUGCCCGCUCGUGUGUCUGCCCAGCGAGGUGCUGGUCUCCAACAUCCUGCGGCGGCUCGACCCCGUCUCCCUGUGCCGGGUGUCGAUGACCUGCGCCUUCCUGUACGAGCUGGCCAGCGACAACCUGCUCUGGCGCGGCCUCUACGACGAGUGGGAGCGCAAGUGGGAGAUUGUGAGCCGCAAGGUGCGCACCUUUGGCGUCUACAUGAGCGACAGCGAGCUCCUCUUCGCGGCCAGCGACGAUGACGACGAUGGCGACGACGGUGACGAUGAUGAUGACGAUGGUGACGAUGGUGACGACAGCAGCGACGAACUCGAAGACAUGGACAAGGAGAGAAGUAGCAGCGAUGACGGGGAUGGUGGCGGGCAGAAGGAGUAUGAGGAGAUGAAGGAGGACGAAGACGAUGAUGAUGAAGACGAGAAGGUGGGGAAUGAUGACAGCGACGAGCAGCUGCAGCAGAACGCGAGCGAAAGCGAAGACGACAACAUGGAAAUCGACGAGCAGCGUCGGCCCAAGAUCAAGAUCGGCAGCAACCGAACGCCCAACCGACUCCCCAAGCGAAAAGCGAACGCGAACAAGAAAGCGAAAGCGAAAGCGAAAGCGAAAACGGUGAAAAGAACGAAGGAAGAAAAGCGGCCGGCGAUCAAGAAGACGCAAGCGACAAGAGCGAAAGCGAAGAGUGCCGCGGCGGCGUUGAUCAACUCCAGCCCGGCCGGGCCGUACUCCGGCAAGAUCGUGCCCUUCUCCGCCUUUAACAACACCUCCGCCUCCGACGUGCCGACCAAGCGCAAGGGCAGUGCGAUCAUCAUUGGCGGCGGCGCCACCGGGCUGCGACCCAAGGGACUCGAGUUUGACUCCGCAGCGGACAAUCUGUACAGCAACCCGGCGCCGCCGCACCGCGUGCAGGCGAUGGCGCGCGAGGAGAGCGACGGCGAGCGACGCGAGCGGGAGAAGAUGGUGCACGACAUGCAGCGCGAGUGGCGCCGGCUGCUCGACCGGGUGGCCCGUCGCGAGGCCCACGACGAGCGCGCCCACGCCUUCUACUGGAAGCACUGCUUCCGCGAGCUCGAGAUCCAGGCGCUCAACCGCAAGAAGAAGGACGUGUCGGCCCGCAAGCGCGGCGCGCUCCACAAGCUGCUCGCGCGGCCGGGCACCAACCUCUCGCUCCAGGCUGCCGUGUUCCCGCUCCCGCUCAAGUGGCUUCUGGCCAAGGAGACCGCGGCGGCGGCGGCGGCGCGCGACGGCAGCAAGCCGAGGCCCGCCACGUCGCCUCGGGCCAGGCGAGGGUCGGUGACCGCCACGAAUGGCCUCGACGAGAGUCCGUUUCAGUCGAUCGUGUCGAAGGUGUUCGAGAACAACAAGCGCCUGUUCUCGCUGCGCAAUCCGUUCGACGCCUUUGACGAGGACGCACAGAACCGGCCCGGCAACCUUCCGCCGAACGAGGAGUGGCUCCACUUCGGGCGGCUGCGAGAGGUGCGAGGCGGAGACAGUCUGCUCGAGAUCGUCUUCUCGGUCAAGGGCGACGACAGGGACACCCAGAAACAGAGAGCCACCACACUCACCUUCAUCAAGGAGAUGCGCGCCAUGCUGGGCGGUGAGAUCGAGGGCAUCUGGGAGGAUGCCGACUACGGGUUCGGCGGAGGCGACUCGCAUAGGCUUGUGGUCUUCAGCACGCCGGGCCGAAAGGGCCUGUUGCUGCAGUGGUCGUGGGAAAACAAUUCGAACCUGCUCCAGCCCUGGCACCAAUAG